AUGAUGUCUGAAGUAACAUCAGAAAGGCCUUCGGCUGCAUCUGACGCUGCUCGUCCUGUUCCCCCGUUCGAAGAAAGUCCAGAGCCUGCCGCAGCCGAUUCUACUGUUCCUCCUGUGCCUUCGAUGUCACCCGCCGCUGCAGUAACUUCUGCUCCUCCACUUUCUUCAGUAAAUCCGUUUAGCAUAAAAGCCGCCUCAAGUAGUAUGGCAGCUUCCGAUUAUGCGAUGAAGCAGCCAACGGACGUGCAUAAGAUGCCAUUUUUUCCACCAGAUCGUCCUGAACUUUCACAGCCAGUGAUGACGCCUGUUGUUAAUCCUUAUGAUGUAGCCCCGAACAUGAAUAGCGUACCGGCAGCAGCGCAGCAGAGUGACGUGAACAUUGCUUUUGACGGUUCAUAUUCAUCAGACCCUUCUUCCAUGUUUCACACGAAACAACAUCACGAUUCCUCGAACAACGUUUGGAGCUGGAUCAAAGGGUCGGUGGCGGGAUCUGAAUUUUUAAGCAAAGUGGCCGAAAAAGCCAAGGAUUCAGUGGGCAAGGUGAUUACGACACUUGAUCCUCAGAUGAAAGGAUACAUGGCACAAGACGGAGCUGUCGAUGUUAUGGCUGCUGUGACCGACGCUGGAAUAUACAACGCACUUAAAACAGGCUUAAGCUUCGGGCUGCCUUAUUCUUCGGUCAUCAUGGCACCUGCUGCAAACCCCACUGAUUUUCCAGCGUUAAGUUUCACAUUCGAGUCUGCAUUAAAGACGGCGGGCUCUCGCCUUGCCGCCACUCGCCAACUUUCGAUGUUCCCACCAUCUAUGUUAGCGGUAAGUUUGGAAGAAGUCUUACUCGAGGUAACAAAGGACAGUUGGUUCCACUUCGACUGUUUGUACCUUGAAGAUCAAGAGCGAAACAUUCAUCUGUACACGAUAUCGCAAUCGAUUCCCGUUCCUACAAAUAUAGUCAGUUUAAUCAAGGAACAUUCAGGGUCGUUCGACCCGAAUGAAGCUUCGAAUCUGUCUUUCGACCGGGCGUUGUUGCAGCUCGGUUAUUCUUCCGACGAAUGGUUUGAAAAAUGGCAUGGUUUAUCGCAACGCGACAUCGUUCGAAACGCGGCGAUCGUUCUGGGCCGGAUGUAUUCAGCCCGCACAGCGCAGUAUUGA